GCGGGCCGCGGAAGUGACGUGGUGUACGGGUAGGAGCUCGUUCGAAUCGGUUCCCGGGUGAUCCUCGCGCCUGCGGCUGCUCGGCCGCCGCCGCCGCCGCCGCCAAGGGAGGAGCUGAGUGCGCCGGGGUAGAGGCCUUGUGCCGCCCCGGGGGCUGGAGCUGAAGGCGCCGCGCGGAGCCCGUACCUCGGCCUUUAGCGCGACGGCCGCAGGGGCCGGCGCUGCUGUUUUCUCUCCUCUUACCCAAUAUGGCAGCGGCGGACGACGGCGGGCCCUCGGUGGGGACCGGAGAGGGCGACGGAGGCGACGGCUCCAGGACGGUGUACUUGUUUGACCGGCGCGAGAAGGAGUCGGAGCUCGGGGACCGGGCGCUGCAGGUCACGGAGCGCUCGGACUUUGCGGCGUUCCGCGCUUCAGUGUGUCAGACACUUGGCAUUUCACCUGAAGAAAAAUUUGUUAUUACAACAACAAGUAGGAAAGAAAUUACCUGUGAUAAUUUUGAUGAAACUGUUAAAGAUGGAGUCACUCUGUACCUGCUACAGUCAGUCAGUCAGUUACUACUAACAGCUACAAAAGAACGAAUUGACUUCCUACCUCACUAUGACACAUUGGUUAAAAGUGGCAUGUAUGAAUAUUAUGCAAGUGAAGGACAAAAUCCUUUACCAUUUGCUCUUGCAGAAUUAAUUGAUAAUUCAUUGUCUGCCACGUCUCGUAACACUGGUGUUAGAAGAAUACAGAUCAAAUUGCAUUUUGAUGAAACACAAGGAAAACCUGCCGUUGCAGUGAUAGAUAAUGGAAGAGGAAUGACCUCUAAACAGCUUAACAACUGGGCCGUGUAUAGGUUGUCAAAAUUUACAAGGCAAGGUGACUUUGAAAGUGAUCAUUCAGGAUAUGUUCGACCACUACCAGUGCCACGCAGUUUAAAUAGUGAUAUUUCCUAUUUUGGUGUUGGGGGCAAGCAGGCUGUUUUCUUUGUUGGACAAUCAGCCAGAAUGAUAAGCAAACCUGCAGAUUCCCAGGAUGUUCAUGAACUUGUACUUUCUAAAGAAGAUUUUGAGAAGAAGGAGAAAAAUAAAGAGGCAAUAUAUAGCGGAUAUAUUAGAAACAGAAAGCCGUCUGAUUCUGUUCACAUUACAAAUGAUGAUGAAAGAUUUCUACAUCAUCUUAUCUCAGAGGAGAAGGAAAAAGAUAGCUUUACUGCUGUGGUUAUCACAGGGGUACAACCAGAACACAUACAGUACUUGAAAAAUUAUUUCCUUCUUUGGACGAGACAGUUAACGCAUAUUUAUCAUUACUAUAUUCAUGGCCCAAAAGGGAAUGAAAAACGUGCAUCAAAGGAAGUUGGACCUUUCAACAACAUUGAUAUUGAAAUUUCUAUGUUUGAAAAGGGGAAGACACCUAAGAUUAUCAACCUAAGGGAAAUACAAGAUGACAUGCAGACGUUGUAUAUAAAUACAGCAGCCGAUAGUUUUGAGUUCAAGGCUCAUGUUGAAGGAGAUGGUGUAGUGGAAGGGAUUAUCCGAUAUCACCCUUUUUUAUAUGAUAGAGAAACGUAUCCUGAUGAUCCAUGCUUUCCAUCAAAAUUAAAAGAUGAAGAUGAUGAUGAUGACUGUUUCAUACUUGAGAAAGCAGCAAGAGGGAAAAGACCUAUUUUUGAAUGUUUUUGGAAUGGACGACUAAUACCAUAUACAUCUGUUGAAGACUUUGACUGGUGUACUCCUCCUAAGAAGAGAGGGCUUGCACCGAUUGAGUGCUACAAUAGGAUAUCUGGUGCAUUAUUCACUAAUGACAAAUUCCAGGUCAGCACAAAUAAACUGACCUUUAUGGAUCUUGAGCUAAAAUUGAAAGAUAAGAACACCCUUUUUACAAGGAUUUUAAAUGGACAGGAGCAGCGAAUGAAAAUUGACAGAGAAUUUGCUCUAUGGCUGAAGGACUGUCAUGAAAAGUAUGACAAACAAAUAAAAUUUACACUUUUUAAAGGAAUAAUUACACGUCCUGAUCUUCCUUCUAAAAAGCAGGGCCCCUGGGCGACUUAUUCAGCAAUAGAAUGGGAUGGAAAAAUAUACAAAGCAGGACAACUGGUCAAGACAAUCAAGACACUUCCUCUCUUUUAUGGAAGCAUUGUAAAAUUUUUUCUUUAUGGUGAUCAUGAUGGAGAAGUAUAUGCUACAGGAGGAGAGGUUCAAAUUGCAAUGGAACCUCAGGCACUGUAUGAUGAAAUAAAAACUGUGCCAAUUGCAAAGCUGGAUAGGACAGUUGCUGAGAAAGCUGUGAAAAAAUACGUAGAAGAUGAAAUGGCAAGGCUCCCUGAUAGAUUGUCAGUAACUUGGCCUGAAGGAGAUGAAUUAUUGCCAAAUGAGAUUAGGCCUGCUGGAACCCCCAUUGGUGCAUUAAGAAUUGAAAUAUUGAAUAAAAAGGGGGAAGCAAUGCAAAAGCUUCCAGGAACAAGUCAUGGAGGGUCAAAGAAACUCCUGGUUGAGCUCAAAGUUAUACUACACUCUCCAAAUGGAAAUAAAGAAAUCAUUUCACAUAUUAGUCAACAUGGAGGAAAAUGGCCUUACUGGUUUAAAAAAAUGGAAAAUAUUCAAAAGUUGGGGAAUUAUACAUUGAAAUUACAAGUUGUACUGAAUGAAAGUAAUGCAGACACUUAUGCAGGAAGACCACUACCAUCUAAAGCAAUUAAAUUUUCUGUCAAAGAGGGUAAACCAGAGAAAUUUUUAUUUGGUCUUUUGGAUCUUCCUUUUCGUGUUGGAGUCCCAUUCAAUAUCCCUCUGGAGUUUCAGGAUGAAUUUGGUCAUACUAGUCAACUAUCAACUGAUAUUCAGCCAGUUUUUGAAGCAAGUGGUUUAUCUUUACAUUAUGAAGAAAUAACCAAUGGCCCAAAUUGUGUCAUUCGAGGUGUUACAGCUAAGGGCCCUGUAAACUCUUGUCAAGGCAAGAAUUUUAAUCUGAAGGUUAUUUUUCCGGGUUUAAAAGAAGACUCACAGAUUCUGAAAAUUAGAUUACUGCCAGGUCCCCCUCAUCGAUUGAAAGUGAAACCUGAUUCUGAAAUUUUAGUUAUAGAAAAUGGAACAGCUUUCCCAUUUCAGGUAGAAGUUUUGGAUGAAUCAGACAAUAUAACAGCACAACCAAAAUUGAUUGUUCAUUGUAAGUUUUCAGGUGCUCCAAACCUUCCACUCUAUGUUGUGGAUUGCAGUAGUUCUGGAACCAGUAUUUUGUCAGGACCAGCAAUUCAAGUUCAGAAUAUCAAAAAAGACCAGACGCUUAAAGCAAAAAUUGAAAUACCUAGUUGUAAAGAUGUGGCACCUGUGGAGAAGACUAUUAAGUUGCUUCCCAGUAGCCAUGUUGCAAGAUUACAGAUAUUCAGUGUAGAAGGACAAAAGGCAAUCCAGAUCAAACAUCAGGAUGAGGUUAAUUGGAUAGCAGGAGAUAUUAUGCAUAACCUUAUUUUUCAAAUGUAUGAUGAAGGAGAAAGAGAAAUCCAUAUAACAUCAGCUUUAGCAGAGAAAAUUAAAGUUAACUGGACUCCUGAGAUUAACAAAGAGCACUUACUAAAGGGUCUGCUUCCUGAUGUACAAGUACCAACAUCUGUAAAAGAUAUGCGCUAUUGCCAGGUUUCGUUCCAAGAUGAUCAUGUGUCUUUGGAAAGUGCAUUUACAGUAAGACCACUUCCUGAUGAACCUAAACAUCUAAAAUGUGAAUUAAAAGGAGGAAAAACUGUACAGAUGGGCCAAGAGCUUCAAGGAGAAAUAGUUAUAAUAGUUACAGAUCAGUAUGGAAAUCAGAUUCAAGCAUUUUCAUCAAGUUCUCUAUCUUCCUUGGGAAUUGCUGGGAUUGGACUUGAUAGCUCACAUUUGAAAACUACUUUUCAGGAAAAUACACAAAGUAUAAGUGUGAGAGGCAUCAAAUUUAUUCCAGGUCCCCCUGGAAAUAAGGAUCUUUGUUUUACGUGGCGUGAGUUUUCUGACUUUAUUCGAGUGCAGCUAAUUUCUGGGCCACCAGCUAAACUUCUCCUUGUAGACUGGCCAGAGUUAAAGGAGUCCAUUCCAGUGAUUAACGGAAGAGAAUUACAGAAUCCUCUCAUUGUUCAACUUUGUGAUCAGUGGGAUAAUCCAGCACUUGUGCCACAGGUUAAAAUAAGCCUUAUAAAAGCUAACAAUUUAAAGCUCACUCCUUCAAACCAACAGCAUAAAACCGAUGAAAGGGGCAGGGCUAAUUUGGGAGUGUUCAGUGUUUAUGCCCCUAGAGGAGAACAUAUUAUGCAGGUUAAAGCCAUUUAUAACAAGAAUACUAUAGAAGGACCUAUAAUUAAGUUAAUGAUUCUUCCAGACCCUGAAAAACCCAUUCGUCUCAAUGUUAAAUAUGACAAAGAUGCUUCCUUUUUAGCAGGGGGUAUUUUCACUGAUUUUAUGAUUACUGUUAUUUCUGAAGAUGACAGUAUCAUUAAAAAUAUUAAUCCAGCACGUAUUUCCAUGAAAAUGUGGAAACUGUCAAACAGUGGGAACCGACCACCAGCAAAUGCAGAAAUAUUUAGUUGUAAUAAAAUAAAGGAUAAUGACAAGGAAGAUGGCUGCUUCUACUUCAGGGAUAAAGCAAUUCCUAACAAAGUGGGGACAUAUUGUAUCCAGUUUGGUUUUAUGAUGGAUAAAGCAAAUAUCCUUAACAGUGAGCAGAUUAUAGUGGAUGUUCUAUCUAAUCAACCUGUGAAGUUAGUUCCUGAAAUUCAGCCAGCUACACCAGCUGUUUCAAAUGUUCGUUCAGUUGCCAGUAGGACCUUGGUCAAAGAUUUAUAUCUUCGUAUCACGGAUGACUACAACAAUCAUACUGGAAUUGAUUUGGUUGGCACUGUAAUGGCUACCAUCAAAGGCUCUAAUGAGGAAGAUGACACCCCACUCUUUAUUGGGAAAGUUAGAACACUUGAAUUUCCCUUUGUGAAAGGUUCAGCUGAAAUCACGAGUCUAGUUCUGGCAGAAAAUAGUCCUGGAAGGGAUAGCACUGAGUAUUUUAUUGUGUUUGAGCCUCGGCUACCAGGUUUAUCAAGAACAUUAGAAUCAUAUAUCCUACCAUUUAUGUUUUACAACGAUGUUAAGAAGCAGCAACAAAUGGCAGCACUUACAAAAGAAAAGGACCAAUUAUCUAAGUCUAUUAUAAUGUAUAGAAGUUUAUUUGAUGCCAGCAAACAGCUUCUUGAUGAGAUGAAGUGCCAAGUUGAAGAAGCAAAAUUAAAAGAGGCCCAGUUGAGAAAUGAACUAAAAACACACAAUAUUGACAUUCCUACAACACAACAGAUGCCACACAUUGAAGCACUUUUGAAGAAUAAGAUAUCAGAACAGGAAGAACUAAAGAAAAAACCUAGAAGAUCAUGUACUCUUCCAAACUAUACUAAAGGCAGUGGAGAUGUUUUAGGAAAGAUUGCACACCUGGCACAAAUUGAAGAUGAUAGAGCCGCAAUGGUUAUUUCUUGGCAUCUGGCAAGUGACAUGGACUGUGUGGUCACCCUGAGCACUGAUGCUGCACGUCGUAUCUAUGACGAAACCCAAGGUCGUCAGCAGGUGUUGCCCCUUGAUUCUAUUUAUAAGAAGACUCUUCCAGAUUGGAAAAGACCUCUGCCUCAUUACCGAAAUGGAAAAUUGUAUUUUAAACCCAUUGGAGAUCCUGUCUUUGCCCGAGAUUUGUUAACGUUUCCAGAUAACGUAGAACAUUGUGAAACAGUGUUUGGUAUGCUGUUAGGAGACACCAUUAUUUUGGAUAAUUUGGAUGCUGCUAAUCAUUAUAGAAAAGAGGUUGUUAAAAUUACACACUGUCCUACACUGCUGACCAGAGAUGGAGAUCGCAUUCGAAGUAAUGGAAAGUUUGGGGGCCUUCAGAAUAAAGCUCCUCCAAUGGAUAAACUUCGGGGAAUGGUCUUUGGAGCUCCAGUACCAAAACAGUGCCUGAUCUUAGGGGAACAAAUAGAUCUUCUUCAGCAGUACCGCACUGCUGUGUGCAGGUUGGGCAGUGUGAACAAGGACCUUAACGGGCAGUUGGAAUACCUUCACACUCCGGAUAUGAAGAAGAAAAAACAGGAACUUGAUGAACAAGAGAAGAAUCUCAAACUGAUAGAGCAAAAACUAGGUAUGACUCCCACACGUAAGUGUAAUGACUCACUGCGUCAUCCAAUGACAGACUGUCCAGUUCCUCCUAAGAGAAUGAGAAGAGAAGUUACAAGACAAAAUAGGUUUGCCAUAAUUUUUCAAGAAGUGUUUUAUGGGGCUUCCCUGGUGGCACAGUGGUUGAGAGUCCGCCUGCCGAUGCAGGGGAUGCGGGUUCGUGCCCCGGUCCGGGAAGAUCCCACAUGCCGCGGAGCGGCUGGGCCCGUGAACCAUGGCCACUGAGCCUGCGCGUCUGGAGCCUGUGCUCCGCAGCGGGAGAGGCCACAGCAGUGAGAGGCCCGCAUACCUCAAAAAAAAAAAAAAACAAACAAAAAAACAAACAAACAAAAGAAGUGUUUUAUGGAAGAUGGGAAACAUUUUUCCAGUUUUUUAAAAGACCAAGUGAGGAAAUUCCUGUCAAGCAGUUUUAAAGUACAUAUUCUUGAGGCUACCCUGCAGCCUCAGCACUGAAUUAGCCUAGGACCUUACAGUUCUACAGAACUACAAAUGAUGUCAUUAAUUUGGAUCUUAUUUAUUAAGAUUUUGUAGCAAUUCAGAGGUGGUAUGGGCUAAAGUUUCUUUUAGUUUAUAUUUAAGUUGUUAGUAAUAGUAUCAUUUUCAUUAAAGUAAUACAUGUAUGUAAAUGAAUUGGUGUAUAGAUUUAGUGUUGUACUGUAAAAUGUGAACCACACAUGUAAUUUAAAAUUUUCUAGGAGCCAUUUUAAAAGAAACAGCGAGGUUAAUUUUAAUAGUAUAUUUUAUUGAACACAGUGUACAAAAUACUAUCAUUGCAACAUACUGCAAAUAGUAAAUUAUUAAUGAGAUAUUUUAAAUUCUUUUUUUCCAUACAAAGUCAAAAUUCAGAAGACAGCAAAUCUCUAUUAGGACUAGCUACAUUGCCAGUGCUCUGGAGCCACACGAGGCUAGUGGCUACCAGAUUGGACAGCACAGGUAUUGAAAGAGCUUAUGAUGAUGAAAUCUUGCUCCUGUGUAUCCUUACCCCGUCCCGUUUCCCAGAGGCAACCUUUGUUUUAACUGUUGUGGUUAUUCUGUUGUUGCCUCCAUUUUUUGUAUACAUUAUGUUGGUCUUGUUUUAUCAGCUUUCAGACAGCACAGCCCACGCAACACCUUGUUGUGGAGGUCUGUCUUGCCUGGCCCACCUCAUGACUUUUGGACUAAAUUGUUCUGAAUUAUUUUAGAACUUACCCUUUCUCGUGAUUAUUUAGUUAUAUUCUCUCCUGUAACCAUCAACCCAGUCCUCCAUGCUUUUUUCAAAGGUAGAAGGUGAUAAACAACAUAUAUUAUUACGGCUAUGUAAAUAUAUAGUGUAGGCAAAGUGUGUGCUAGGAUUACAUUUCCCUCUUUGUAAGGUUCUAACGUCAUGACACUUACUUAGGCCGUCAGUCAGUGUUCCAAGCAUGAAAGUCAAAUAAAUCUUCUAUAUUGUAUCAGUUCUUAAAAUCAUGUUAAAUUUUAAUCCAGUUCUUAUUUAGACUGUUUCUUGGAUGUUGUUAACUUCUGUGGAGUUUCUAAUUUUCUUUUUUCCUUCAGUAUGUAACUUGAUCAUGUAUUCUUCCACCUGCUUUAGUAACUAGUAACCAUGUAGGCCUUCUGGGUCCUCCUUGGCAGCUCUCUUGAGUUGAAUCCAUUGUUUCUUGGAUUCCUUGUCUUUCUUUUUUGUUUGUUUGUUUUUGUUUUUGUUUUUUUGCGGUUCGCAGGCCUCUCACUGUUAUGGCCUCUCCCGUUGCGGAGCACAGGCUCCGGACACGCAGUCUCAGCAGCCAUGGCUCACGGGCCCAGCCGCUCCGCGGCAUGUGGAACCUUCCGGGACCGGGGCACGAACCCGUGUCCCCUGCAUCGGCAGGUGGACUCUCAACCACUGCGCCACCAGGGAAGCCCUCCUUGUCUUUCUUUCUCUCAUAACUUCCUUAUGAAAAGCGUGUAGAAAGAAACUGGAGCCCUUGCAUGUCUGAAAUGGUCUUCCUUCUGCCUUCACAUUUGAUUGAGGUUUUCUGGGAAUUACAGGAUAGAAACAAGGCUGGAAUAUACUAAAGGAGAAGGUACUGGGAGUGGUCGAGAGACAGAGGGACACAAUGCCUGGUGGAACCCUAGACUCAGUCAGAGAAGUCCAGCCCAAAACAGGAAGGAUGAGAGCAGAAUGGAAAAGGAGAGGAAACCUAGCCUAGAACAUGCCAAAUUUUCAACCCCAAACUUUGAGAGCUUUGUUCCCUUGUUCCAGGUAUUAAAGCUCCCACCAGGAAGUUAGAUAAUGAUGGUAAUUAGUUAGUUAAAUGUUGGUAUAUUGGCUUCUGGUGUACUUGGUGGCACCCUAGAGGCUUGUCUAUUGCCAGCAUCUAGGGACUAGCAACCUACUAGUUGGCUCUCCAGCCACGCCCUUAAAGCAAAGCCUGUUUGUCCACGCCCCUGCUCCCACUAUCCCAUAAAAUUCCCACUCAGAGAGGAGCCAUAAUGGGAAAACAGUUCUAUUUUUAUAACAGCAGAAGAAAUCCAGGCCAGCAGCACAGUCCUCUUUCUUAAAUGUAAUCGUACAACCAAGAGACAUCACACAUAUGAGGGGAGUCAACAACAUGUGAGGGGAGAUCCAAGAUAAAUAGCAAAACCACCCCUGGAAGAUGAUUCAACCGAACUCUUUUAAAACUGUACAUAAUUCUUGAUUAGAUUGCCGAAGGAGUUAUAUUCAUGAAACUAAGGGGGUAUUAGGAGAAAAAAACAGCCAGGACAAGAUUACAGAUACUGUUGCUGAAAUUUAAAAAUUCAAAGAACUAAGUGUGGGGGAAGCCAGGCAAGGAGGGGGAAAAAAAAAUUCAAAGGACUAAAGUAAAGGAAACUUCACAGAAAAAUAGGGAAAAUAUGUGAAGAGAAAGGAGAGGAGAUGUAGAGAACCAACUGAGACUAUCAGGAAUCCUAGAAAGAAGAAAAUGGAGAAGAAAAUCAUGUGGAAGAGAAUUCCCAGGGAUGAAAGGGUCCGUUGAAAGCCCAGCACAAUGACUGACAAAAGAUAUACCAAGAUAAUUCAUAGCAAAACUGUAGAAUAUCAAGAAAAGGAGGAGGAGUGUAAAUGUUUUCAUAGAGCAAGAGAGACCAUAUUGUCAGUACAGCUUUUGGCACACAGAAAACAAAUGUCUAGCUUUGUGGUGGCAGGUGAGAAGAUUUAGGUUGCAAAUUUGGUGUAUUCUAGCCUAUGGCUUCCCUUUUGCAUCCUGCUUACCUUUGGGAAAUUUAAAAUCACUUUAAAUUUCAGUUUAAAAUUUAAGCCACUGUUUAAUUAGUAAUUUCCUCAUCCCCAGCCUCUGCCCCAGUCUCUGCCUGUUCUCCAUAAAUCACACCAUAUCAAAAAUGUUACAGCACUUGAAAUUAAAGUAUCUUUAACAGUACUGAAAUAGUGAUAUAUUUCAUCCAUACAAUUGGAAACAAAUUCAGUAGUAGGAAAUAAUAGCAAAAUGUGUGUGUGUUUAUGUUAUUAUUUAUAUUAGUAUGUGGCUAUUACCUAUUUAUAUAUUGUUAGCUUUUAUAGGGAUUAUAUACCAUAUUUCAUCAACUGUAGGAUGUCAGUAAUUAUUAGAAACACCAUUUUUCAUGAAACAUUAAAACACUGCAAAUUAACUCAUGACAUUAUAAGGUAGAUUUCAGAGAUGUUAAAUGUGGAAAAAUGUGGAUUUUAGAAUCAACAAAAUAUACUUAGCAAUAUAUACUAUGCAAUAGACUCAUUUUCUUCAGUAGAGGCUUCAGUUUUUGGGUUUUUUUGUUUUGUUUUUUUGCGGUACACAGGCCUCUCACGUUGCGGAGCACAGGCUCCGGACGCGUAGGCUCAGCGGCCAUGGCUCACGGGCCCAGCCGCUCCGCGGCAUGUGGGAUCUUCCCGGACCGGGGCACGAACCCGUGUCCCCUGCAUCGGCAGGUGGACACUCAACCACUGUGCCACCAGGGAAGCCCUGAUUUUCUACUAAUAAAGAUUACAAAAUAGCUUUUUAUCAAAAUUGUGUGUCUUCUAUUUGGAGAUGGCAGUUCAGGGAACUAUUAUUAAGAAAUAUAGGGCUUCCCUGGUGGCGCAGUGGUUGAGAGUCCGCCUGUCGUUGCAGGGGACACGGGUUUGUGCCCCGGUCCGGGAAGAUCCCACAUGCCGCGGAGCGGCUGGGCCCGUGAGCCAUGGCCGCUGAGCCUGCGCGUCCGGAGCCUGUGCUCCGCAAUGGGAGAGGCCAGAACAGUGAGAGGCCCACGUACCGCAAUAAAUAAAUUAAAUAAAUAAAAAGUAUAUCUGAAUAAGGAAAUAUCUGCAUAAAUAUAUACUAAAAUGUUCAUUCUGUUCAUCUCUACGUGAAUGGAAUUGUGGGUAUUUUUAAGUGUUUUUCCUUUUGCUUGUCUUUGUGACUUUUCUCUAAUGAGCAUUGUAAUUCUUGUUAAUUUUUAAAGUGGUCAUUUCAUUUUAGGAAAGGGGAAAAUAGGCAAAAAUCUGCAGAAUUUGGGUCUGGGAUACACCAUUCCAGAGAACUGUGCUAAAAAUUACUUAUCCCUUCCUCUGUAUAUAUUAAUUACUGUUUUUAUGUUAAGCUUUUGUUUGUUUGCUGCAUACAUGUGAAAGAAGUGGUUAUAUACAAGGAUUUAAUUGUCUGUUUAUACCAAGAAUUAUUAUAAUUAGUAGAACAUAGUUCCACUGGAUAUUUAACCAUCCAGGUCUGAUGAGGGAGUUACAGGAAAGGAAAACUUUGGUACAUAAAAUUUACUGUGUUUUUUUUUUCCAUUUUGAUCAGGAUUAUAACCAAAACAGAUGUGUGAGAGGUGACAGAAGAGGGGGCCAUUGGUCUCACUAAGAAUGCCCUGUCUUCUGCAGCUCU